GCAGGAGCGGUCCCGGUCCCGGUCCCGGUCCCGGUCCCGGUCCCGGUAUGGGCGCUGCCCGCGAUGCCGAGCAGCAGCCGGGGCCACCGGGAGAGGAGGGCCCGGGCGGCGCCGAGGAGGAGCCGGUCAGCACGAGCCCCUGGAACAUCAUGAUCAAACACCGGCAGGUGCAGCGGCGCGGCCGGCGCUCCCAGAUGACCACCAGCUUCACUGACCCAGCUGUCUCCAUGGACCUGCUGCGAGCCGUCCUGCAGCCCAGCAUCAACGAGGAGAUCCGGGGUGUCUUCAGCAAGUACAUGGAGUUUUUCCAGAAGGCAGCGAUCAACGUGCGCAAUAACGUGGGGGAGGAGGUGGACCCAGAGCAGCUCAUCCAGGAGACGUGUCGGAGCUGCCUGGAGCAGGCCAAGCUGCUGUUCUCUGAUGGCAAAAAGGUUGUUCCCAGGCUGCCCCAUGAGCAGACAGCACCAAAGCGUGCCCGGCAGGUGGAUGAGGAGCUGCACCCUGUUCCCAAAAAGAGGAAGGGGCGACCCCCAGGACAGAGUCUCUCAAAUGACCGUGGGGUCUCGGGCAUGGCUGCGUGGAAGCUCAAGGUCUCUGAGCCCGUGAGAAGGGAUGGACCAAAGUGGGAUCCAUCCCGACUGACUGAAACCACAACCUUUGUGCUGGGAUCUCGAGCAAACAAAGCUCUCGGGAUGGGAGGAACAAGAGGGCGGCUCUACAUCAAGCAUCCCCACCUCUUUAAGUACGCAGCUGACCCGCAGGAUAAGCACUGGCUGGCAGAGCAGCAGCACAUGAGGGCCACGGGGGGAAAGAUGGCUUACCUCCUCAUUGAAGAGGACAUUCGGGACUUGGCUGCCAGUGAUGAUUACAGGGACUCGGUCGACUUGCGGCUGGAGGAGCUCCGGCCCUUCAUCCCACCCGCCUGGAUGACGGAGAAGAUGCAGAAGCACAUGGAGACGCUCCGGCGCGGGGGGGACGCGGCGCCGCCCUCCGAGGGUCCCGCUGAGCCCUGAGGGGCCGCUCCCCAGACCCCCCCAGACCCCCCAAUAAAACCGCUUCGCACCCGC